GAAAAAAAGGCGCACUAAUCAUCCGCGAUUGCUCCAACUAUCGUCACGUUGCAGCGAAUCGAAAGAGGAAUUUCUGUUCGCAGCUCACAUCUUGAGGUGGGUUGUCUUCGGAUUUCGCUGUUUUGUCGUCCCUGCUGAUUCGCCUGGCUCACACGUCCGAACGGGUUUGUUGGGCUCAGAGAUGGGUGCGAACAGCCCUGCAGAGGGCGAGCUGGAUCACGUUUCAGGUGAAAAUGCUGUCAAAGAUGUGUUCCAGGAAAAGGGGAAAGAGGUGGAGAAGGAUGUGCACCCGCUAGCAGCAUUUCUUGCAUUGCAUGGGAUUGAUGGUGCGGAAGAUGAUGAUGAGAUGGAAUCAGAAGAUGAAGAAUGGCAACCUCAUGUGCGUUGGAUUUGUACAAACUGCAUCAUGCCGAAUCCUGAGGAUGAGGUCUACUGCUGGAAGUGUAAUGAACAUCGCAAUUCAAGUAUUUUGGAGCAAGGGUUUAUGUCUGUUUCAUCCGAGCCAAAAGGCGUUGAUGGGAGUGCGAAACCUGUGGCAAAGAAAGAGAUAUGUCCUUCACAAAUGCUAUCAAAAAACUUGACAUUUUCUGGGACUUUCAUGUGUGGUAAAGAAAAAAAGACCGCUAUUGGUUACGAUGAUAGAAUGUUGUUACAUGAAGAAACUGGAAAAUCACAUCCUGAGCGUCCAGAUAGGUUACGAGCUAUCAUGGGAGGCCUGCAAGCUUCUGGCUUGCUUUCCGGAACUUGCUUUACGAUACCCGCCAGAGAAGCCACUCAAGCAGAGUUGGAACUUGUUCAUACUGCCAAUCAUAUAGGUGCAGUGCAAGCCACAGAAGGACAGGACUUAAGUUACUUCACCCCUGACACGUAUGCCAAUGAGCACUCUGCUUUAGCGGCACGAUUAGCAGCCGGAAUUUGCACAGAUUUAGCAUCAGCUAUCAUGACUGGAAAGGCCCACAAUGGUUUCGCAGCAGUUAGGCCACCUGGGCAUCAUGCUGAACAAGAACAAGUCAUGGGCUUUUGCUUGCAUAACAAUGCAUGCGUCGCUGCUCGAGCUGCACAGGCUGCUGGGGCGAAGAAGGUUUUAAUUGUUGAUUGGGAUGUACAUCAUGGGAAUGGGACACAAGAGAUUUUUGAACAAGAUCCAACAGUGCUGUAUAUUUCUCUUCAUCGGCACGAAGCUGGUGCGUUCUAUCCUGGAACGGGUUGGGCACAUCAAGUGGGGAGUGGCCCUGGUGAAGGGUUUUGUGUUAACAUACCAUGGAGUUGUGGUGGAAUUGGGGACGGAGAUUACCUGUCAGCAUUUCAACAUGUGGUCAUGCCAAUUGCUCGUCAAUUCGAACCUGAUAUGACAAUCAUCUCAGCUGGUUUUGAUGCUGCAAGGGGGGAUCCUCUUGGAGGUUGUGAUGUAACUCCUGAGGGCUAUGCACAAAUGACCUUUCUCUUAAGCUCUCUGUCAGGUGGUCGGAUCCUUGUUGUUUUGGAAGGAGGUUAUAAUUUGCGGUCUAUUUCUGCCUCUGCUGCUGCUGUUAUGAAGGUUCUACAAGGUACAAACCCUGGUCCAUUGCCAGAUGAUCUCCAGCCAACUCCUGUGGGGGCAGCAGCCAUGUUGGAGUUGUUUAUGAUUCAACGACGCUACUGGUCAAACUUACAUGAUGCGACUUUUUUGAAGUUUGGUGCUCUUUUGGACAGUUGGUCCAAAGCUGGUGAGAGGAAGAGCUCCAAAAGGCGACACAUUGGAGGGCCAAUUUGGUGGAAAUGGGGUCGGAAAAGGGUAUUGUAUGACAUCUGGUUAAGAGGCCAGAUGAAGCAUCACUCUAGUUCAAGGCAUGAUCACUCAUGUCCUUGUUGUUAGUCAGGACUACUCAGCAUCUUAGAAUAGAUGAAACGGACAUAAUUUUGGAACUUGUCUAUUAAUUUUGUGACGUCAAGUGUUGUUAGUCCUUUUUUUAUCCAGUCAAACAGAGGAAGUAUUCUUGGCCGGUGACUGCGUAUUCAGUCUCGUGUCAUAUUAGUAUUGUUUAUUUUAUUUUAUUUUUGACGUUUUGGUCGGAGCGACACGAAGGUGUUUUCGAGUUUGUGUUACAAUUUUUUGUAAUAUACUGAACAGAAGUACUGUAGUUUUUCGCAGAUGUACCAUAGACAUACAUAUGGGCGCCCAGUCUACUUAGGGAGCCACCAUGUAGAUCUUUAGAGUGCAGUGUAAAGGCGAACUCAAUCUAGCUGAUUGUACUGAAUUCCAAUUGGUGAACUAGUUGCAGACACAGUUGGUCAGUUUGAAUAUCAAGUCAUUUUGUUGAAUUGUAUUGAGCUUCUCAACUUAUUCAUUAUUUUAAUUCUACGU